UCAUUUCUUUUCAUCAAAAGCUAUCAUAGUUUCCUAUAGCACUCUUAACAUUGUCCUUUUAGAAUCAAUUGCAUAUUCUUUGGUAUUCCAAUGGCCACUGUUGAGGUUGUAUCAGCAAACACUGCCCUUCCCAAGGACACAAUGGAAUCAAUGAAGGCUGAUCAGGAGAAGACUGAAGAAGAAGUUGUUGAGAUUCCAACACCAGCAUCAGAACCUAGCUCUGAGCAAACCAAGGAAGAAGAGGCCCCAGUUACUAAAGUCCAUGAACCCGAAGCUCCAGAAGGCAAGUCCUCGGUUGAAGUUGAGACUAAAGAGGUGGUAGUAGAAGCUGUGGAUGGGACAGUUGAGAAGACAGAAGAGGAAACUAAGAAGGAAGAAGCUGAGACAGAAGUUGUUGAGGAAACCAAAGAAAAUGUUGAUGCUGUUGAGGUUCAGGCACCAGCUGCUGCAGAAUCUGAGACAGUGAUUCAGAAAGAAGAUGUUGUUACAGAAGAGAAGGUAGCUGAGCCUGAACCUGAGGACAAGGUUGACACUGAAGCCCCAAUAAAGCAAAGUGAGGAGAAAGUUGAAAUAGAAGCUUCAGAUGAAAAGAAAGAGGAGGAAGUGAUCGCAGAAGCACCAGCUGAGAAGAUUGAAGAGGUCACAGAUGCUCCAACUGAGAAGACUGAAUAAAGAAUGUUAAGGGAAAAUGUGCUGCUUAUAUCACUGUUUUAGAGGGUACUUUUCAGUUUUCUUUGUUUAGUGGUCUAAUAAAAUAGCUAGUAGCUAAAUGGGUAAGAGACAUGAGUGAUGACCACUUCAACCACGUGGCAUAUACAUGAGCGGUACUAUUUCUGUUUAUGUACUGUGAGCUCUACGUGGGAAUUUGGAUGUGGGUCUCCAAGGUAGUAUGAAUGAAGUCUAUUAUGGUCCUUGUAAUGUUCUGCAGAAAUGCAGGAUAGCUCUGUUUGCUCAAAUAAAUAUAUUGAAC